AUGGGUAAAAGAAGCUGCGAAAAGGGAGAAAGGGGGAAAAAAUGCUAGAAGUAAAGUAAUUUAAGUAAUAAUGUGAAUGGAGUUUCUAAAUUGAUAACAAAGAGCCCAUAACCAUAAAAUUAAUCUCAUCAUUCUUACAGGACAAGAUUAUAAAUUAUGUAAAAUGAGAAGUAAGGAAUGAACUUAAUGAAUACGGAACUGACUGUAACUACUGCCUGUACAGUCACACUUUCAAAUUAUAAUAUGAAUAACAGCAAAGGUUCUUACUUUGAUUAAAGUUCGACUACUAUAAACUGUGACUUUAGUACCACAUUUGCUAAUUCUACUUAGUAGACUUAAUACAAUAACACAAACUGUGCCAUAAUGGAAGAUACUAUCAAUCCAGAUUAUUUUGAGCAAUUUUUUAAAGUUGGAAACAAUAACUAAAAUAACCAGAGACCUAGAAGGUUAAAAAUUUAAAAACUUUAAUUCUAGAACAAUGAAGAUACACAAAAAUUGCAGGACAAAUUUAAGAAUCCUCAGCUUUAACAAAAAAAAAUAACAAAGAAGUAGCUCUAAAAAUUCCAACCUCAAGAUUUUCUUUCUGAAUUAGAAGACAUUUUUAAAAAUUUAAAUGAAUCCAUAAAGACUUACAAUUAUAAGAUUCCUUCCAAUCCAAAUUACUAAAAAAAGGCUUCUGCCACCUAAAUUUUCCAUCCUAUCACUUUCAAAAAGAGAAUACUUCUCAUAGACAACAUUAUAAAACUUGGAGUGUAUUUCAAUUACCAAAGACAGAUUGUGCAGUAAGCAAUCGCUCUUUUCGACACUCUCUUCCUCCAGCCUAAUAACCAAAUAAAGGAAAAAAACCUUUAACUGUAUGCGAUUACCUCCCUAUUCAUUUCAGCUAAGAAGGAAGAUUCUAAUAAGUAAACGCUAGACAAAUACGUAGAAUUCACAAAUUAGUACACAAAUUAAGAUUUUAUCAACUGCGAGAUGAGUAUAUUAAAUCUCCUCAAGUGGUAAAUCAGUCCUUUAAGUUUAGAAACAGUCAAUGGAGUUAUCAUUGAUUUGCUAGAAGGCAAAUUUUUCGGAUGUGGCUACAUGAAGUAAAAUUUCGCCUUCUAAUUCCGUCUAAAUGUGCUCGUAGAUUUGAUUAACUUGAAGUAGAACUUAACAAAUUUCUAAUACUGUAUUAAAAACAUUUCUCUAGCACUAAUCUUCGUCAGUCUUACUAUUGCUCAAGGUUGUUUUUCAAGCCUCGACUAAGCAUAGAUUGACUUGACAGAAAAUAUAUUCCAUCUCUGUAAUUAAACCACUUCUUCUUGCAACAGUACCACUCUAGCUAAAAUAAAUGAUAUCUUUGCCCAAUUCAUGCGUAAAUACUUCUACCUUACUUCUAUCAGCGAUAUUGCUUUAGAAAUUUAGUAUGUUGCUAAGUUCCUAGACUUUCUCUCAGAUCCAAUUAUUUAUUAAGUCCCUAAAAAGAUCCAUAUUUAAGCACACUUCCCAAACGCAGUGGAGUUUAUUUAAACUUCAAAGUUCUUGUGA